UAAAAAUAUCACGGCGCUUGUCCUACGUGAGUACAGAAAAUUAUGUAAUUAUUUCAUGUUUCUGACAUUGUCUUGGAUUUUGCUCCGAACUCUUGGAACUCUUAAAAUUCAAGUUUGAGGCUUCGGUCAAAAUGGGGAAACAGUUCGGAAAUCUUGCCAAGAUCAAUGGCAUCGUCUACUUCCGACUCAGUCCGUACGAGCAGAAAGCCUUUGGAGGAAUGAUUUCCGAAGGUAUACCAAAUACCAUUCGCCGUAUCCACUCGAGCAUAUUCCGCGUCGCACCUUUCUUCAUGUUUUCCUAUUUGCUCGUGAAUUGGGCGAAUGAGCAGAACAACAUUAUCUCUCGCAAGAAUCCCAAGGACUAUGAGAAUGAUACGUAAAUAUAAAUACGUGUUAAUAAAUUUCUAGUUAAUGGCGCCUAGUGUUUAUUGUGAGAUACCAAUUAAUCUUAUCUUCAACCCUGAAGAGAGGAAUAAAUGAAAUUGUAUAGGAAUUAAUAUGUAUCCACUGGAAAUGUCUGAUAUUUCCUUGAACUCGUUACCUUUCUCUCCGACGAGAUACGUACGUGUAUAAAAAAACAAGAGUUGUAUGAAACAUUUCAUGUUUAAAUAUACGUUUGUUUUAUAAAGCAAUGUAAAAA